UCAUGGCUUCGCUCUCAUUCAGCAAAUUUCUCUUGUUUGCUUUCGUGGUUUUUUUCUCCGUUCGUCGCGUCGUUUCCUUGCAGAUUCCGCACACCUCCCAGAAGCCUCUCAGCCUGAGUGACGAAGCAAGUGAAGAAGAGCUGGAAGAAUAUAUAUACGAACCAUUUUGCCCAGGUACAUACGAUCCCGAACCACUGAGCGACAGUUUAAAUGCUCCGCCUGUUGCCCCUCCGUUCGUUACACAUCAAGGAUUCGACAGAUCGUUCACGGAGUGCAUCGAAUGGCUUGAGAAAAUAGAGACCUCGAUUCAAUUCCAUUAUGGAAUGAAUGACAAUUCUUCAGAAGUCAAUGCUGUGCUUAAUUGUUUAAGAAUAGCUCCAGAGGCAGCUCCAGUGCGUGAGAGGAUAACUGAGAUCUUCAUCGUCUUUCCCUUAUUUGGCGAAACGGACAGCUGGUCGAAAUCUUUGGCACACCUCAUACUAAUUCUUCCAAAUCUCAAAAGCCUAAGGUUUCCUUGCCAGUAUUCCUGGAGGCUUCGAUGGAAGCGCGAACUGUCUCCCAUCAUUAGAGAUGCCUAUCGAAGUGACCUCAUUGGAAAGUGUUACUACUACGACGAGCGCAACAUCAAACAAUUCCCUGAUUGCGAUAUCACUCAGAUCGAAAUGGAGUAUUCGCGAUGCCAAUGCAAUCGCACGACGAGUCAUGAAAACUACCGGGGUUGUUACUUUGGUGAUAAGGGGGAAAACGGGAUUAUAUCUGCUUACAAGUCGCUGAUGACAUGUCCGACUAUCGAGUCAUUAUCCUUUUAUGAACAGCAAAGACACCCUUUGUCAUUCACGUUUCAGGCCGGGGAUCGCUUCCUCUCGAAAGUUAAGCGUAUAAUUCUCAAGUCAUACGAUUGGGCAGCACCUGGUUUGGAUGGACAAACACAAGCCAAGACAUGGGCAUCUGUAAUGGAUUGGAGCCAUGUCGAAGAUCUCACUAUCGAACAUCCUCCUGCGGACUUCAUUUCCACUUUUACAGGACAACUGCCCAGCCUCUCAUCCUUGAGUAUCAUAGCCCCUGAGGUGUGGCAACCAUAUCUGUCCGGCACCAUUCCUAAGACCCAGUGCCAGGACUUCAGCGACCACGGCGAAGACGCAUCAAUGUCACUUAAAGAUCUCUACUUCAAAUUUGCAUCCGCGCUUCCCCCGCUAAAGCGAUUAUCUCUCUUCGGCCUGAACGACCUACUUGCUGCGUUCGUGUCCGUUGUCAGACGCGGAUCGAGCUUAGAAGAACUGCGAAUGCAUAGCUACGAGCACACAACCUGCCCCAACGCAACUGAGGAUAAAUAUAUAUCGGAAACCUCUUUGAAGCUGUUGCAACAGUGGACCCCCAACCUGCGGAUUUUAGAAAUCGAUCUAGAGCAUGACGGGCCGAAAAUACCAUAUACGAAACUCGAUGUUUGCAAGAAAUGGAAGAAGCUGGAAGACGUGACGUUGCGUUUCCCACUCAAAAAUUCUUGGUCGCUAUCCCCAGCUGAUAACACCACCAAAGUCUUCAUGUUUAAUCGAACAAGCAUCUACUCCAUAUUCGAGGAGUAUUUCCCCACGGCUAAAAGUCUGUAUAUCUGGGUCGGAGAAGGAUCCGUGGCUGAACUGGAGUUUUAUCAAGUUCUUGGGGUUGCAGCUGCGGGAUAUCAUUGCUCUCGUAGCGAAGAAGCGGAUGCAGCACCCGAGUGCAGGGUAACUGGGAUGAAUAUGUGUAUCCAAGGACCAGGGAAAUGGGAGAGUGAAGGGUGGAUAGAGACGACGUCUCCUCAGGAUGAAUCCGGAGAGACUGAGACAUGGUAUAUGUAAGAGGACAUGAGAGUAUCCUGUGGCAAAGGGACGUACGAGUCGCAACGAUGUGUUUUGGAUGUCAGAAACCGAAUGUUGAAAGAAACGUCUACUGCAUGCGGAGGACUCUGAUGGAACACGGUAGGGACGUGAUCUACAGCAAAAUCUAUCUUCUC